AUGGCGAAGCUUUGAGAUACUUGAGAAGGUUUUCGUUGAAGCAAACUAAAGCGCGUGAAAUGAUGGACUCAGAUGACUCUGAUCAAGAUGUUGGAGCUUAUCAAAGUAGCGAUGACGAAGAUUACGUCCCGGAAGGAGCAAGUGCAGAUGAUGAUGAUGAUGAAGACUAUAACUCUAAGAAAAAGAAAGGACGGACACCCAAGAAGAAAGCUACAGUUACUCCUUUGCGCAGAAGCUCCAGAAGAAAAAGAGGAGGCAUAAAAUUGCGAGAACCAGACUCUGAUGAAGAGAGUGAAGAACCUUUGGCUAGCAGUGAGUCAGACGAAGACAAUGAACCAGGAGAAGAUGACGACAACGAAGCUGAAAAUGAACAAAAUGAAGAAGAGAAAAAAAGAAUCACUAAUAUUUGGGAAUCAAUGAAACAAGAUGGGAACUCAAACAACAAGUCUAAACCAAAGGAAGAUGUAUCAGGUGAUGAAGACCCCAAGGAAAAGAAUGAUGUAAAUGAACAGACAGAGAAAGACUCUGCAGAGAAGUCCCUUGCUGAUAACAAGCCUAAAGAAACCACAAAAAUAGAAGAGAAAGAGACUGUUUCAGAGAAGCAAGAUUCAGAGAAAAGCCCAAGAGAAAUUCCUGGUGCAGCAAGCAAGAAACGACCUGGUGGCCUAAGCAAUGUACUUGGCUCAAUUAGUAAAAAGCAGAAAAUAAGCACUCUAGACAAAUCCAAAAAGGACUGGGACUCAUUCAAAAAGGAACAGGGUAUUGAAGACGAACUAAGAAACAAAAGCAAAGAUGGGUUUUUGAGUAAACAAGAAUUUCUUCAACGAGUCGACUAUCGCAAAUGGGAGAAUGAAAGAGAACUGAGACUUGCUACUGGCCGUGGGAAAAAGUGAAUGGAUGUCAGUCACUUGCUUUUGCUGCCACGAAGCAAUGUUUUAUUGAAUUCUGAACAAUGCUAACAAUGGUAUGAAGUAGCCACAAGAGAUAUGUUGUGGCAAAGAUACCAUAUUUUUUCCAGUUAAAUGUAGAAUAUAUUUCUUUCUUAUGUUUUGUAUUUUGAGUUGUAUUAUCAGUGUAGGUUUAAAGGUGUUAAGUUGGGUUAACAUUUAUUCAUUCUUGUGUCUUUGGAAAGGUUUUAAUGCCUCGUAAAUUAUUAGUGUUGUUUGGAUCAAGCAAGGAAUUUUUAAAUGAGCAGAAAAGCAACUUCAUUAAGCAAAACUUCCUUGUGAAAUAAGAUAAUAAGUAGACUUCCCAGACUGUAUAUGUAUGACAAUAACUACCUAGUCUUUGAGACAAUUUGAUUAUAUCUAUUCAACAGAUGUAUAGCAGAAGUGGGAAAUGUAGUAUAACCAUACUCAGUUUAAUGUCGUUGUAGGUAUGUAGAGACAUUCAGGGCGCUCUUGUAUAUCAGACAAGGCUUAGUUUCGAUGAAA